AUGGCAAGUACACCGAAGUCAUAUGUUGUUACCGAAGUUUACAACUCAACCAAUUUCUUCGACAAAUUUGAUUUCUUCACGAGCGUUCUGAGCGGCGAUGUUCUCGAUGCCGACCCGAGUUGGGGAUAUGUCCAGUAUCAAAGUCGUGCCAUCGCUGAAGAGCUUGGCUUGGUCUCUGCUGACAAGGACGGGGUGUAUAUCGGUGCCGAGUCUGAUCUCACCUAUAACCCUUUUGGAUAUGGACGCAAAAGUGUAAGAUUGGAAGGUCGUAAUACCUACUCCCACGGCCUCUUCAUCGCCGACUUUAGUCAUUUACCCAAGCCUACAUGCGGUGCUUGGCCCUCUUUCUGGAUGUUUGGUGACCCAUGGCCCACGAAGGGAGAGAUCGACAUUGUGGAGAAUUGGAACGAUCUCGAGUUCAACCGAAACACGGCUCACGUAGACCACUCGUCUGUUGUUGGCGACUGUACCAUAAAGUCUACUGACAUGACUGCCUCACUGAUCGAGGCCCAGAACUGCGAUAACUACGACCCAGCACAGUACAGCAACCAAGGAUGCUCCGCCGAUGUCUACGGCCUCCCAUUCGGCUCAAGUAGUGGAGGCGUUUACGCUCUGGAGUGGACAAGCGAUUACCUCAAGAUCUGGAGUUGGACUCAUCUUUUAACCCCCAAUGACAUUACCUCGGGCACGCCUCAACCGUCUAAUUGGGGGAAACCAAACUUCGUGAUCCAGGACUGUAAUAUCGACAAGGCGUUUACUGAUAUGAAGUUCAUCUUGAAUAUUGACUUUUGUGGUGUCGCCGGAUUGGAUGGCAUAUGGGACAGCUGCAAAGCCAAGACAGGUUACGAUACAUGCACAGGCUACGUUGCUGAGAACCCGAAGGACUUCGAGGAAGUGUACUUCCAAAUUGAGGAUAUCAAAAUCUACGAG